GCGGCUCGGGACGCUUUGACUGACAGUGAUGGUCUCGUGGGUUAUUGAUUCGCUUCCACACGUCGUGGGUUAUUGAUUCGCUCCCACACGUCGUUGACUUUAUCGCGUAAAGUGUGUUCUUUCGCCGAAAAGUGGAAACUAUUGCUACUCUUUAAAGAUAGGCGGGCAAGGUUGGAGCCGGUAGCCCACAUCCUACUGUACUGUUGUAGAGGAGAGACUGUUAUAGAUAGAUAACAGAUAGUUAGACCAUCCGCCUAUGGGCCGCAUUUGAGACGAUGGAGCAUUUUACGCAUUUUUGCCUUUGGUGAGCGCGUUACGCAUGGUUACACAUGCCCUACAGAGUUCCGUCAGACAGCCAGGGGAACUUGUUCAGCUCUGAAGCGGAGGGUCGUCAUGUCGGAGAAGACCCCCCUCCUCCACUACCGUCUCUCCGAGGCCAGCUGCAGCGAGGCACCCGCGGGGGUGCUGCCGGUGCCCCCGUCCCGGGACAGGGGGAAGAGCGCGGCCGGUCCCAGACGGGGGCCGGCGAGCACCAGUCAGCCCAAGAAACUCAACACGUUCUUCGGCGUGGUGGUGCCCACCCUGCUGUCCAUGUUCAGCGUGGUGGUCUUCCUCAGGAUAGGCUUCAUGGUGGGGCAGUGCGGUCUGUACCAGGCCAUAGCCAUGUAUGUGGUGGCCUACUUCAUCAUCAGCAUGACUGUGCUCUCAGUCUGUGCCAUCUCUACCAACGGGGCCCUGGACGCCGGGGGGGCUUACUACAUGAUAAGUCGAGCCCUUGGCCCGGAGUUCGGGGGCAGCAUUGGCCUCAUGUUCUUCCUGGGUAACGUGUGUGCCAGUGCCCUCUUCGUGCUGGGGCUGGUGGAGGCCAUUGAGUCCACCUUUGGCAUGCCUGAAGACGGCACCCUGCCCAUCUCCCCCCACCAGGUGCUCCCGUCGGGGUACUGGUGGUCCCUGCUGUAUGGUACGGCCGUGGCUCUGCUCUGCCUGCUGGUGUGCCUGGUGGGCGCCAACAUCUAUGCCAGCGCCACCUUCGUCAUCUUCCUGGUGGUCAUCCUCUCGCUGGGCACCGUGUUCGUCAGCUUCUUCUCCGUCAGGCCGCACAACGUCACGCUUCCCGGCUCCGCCUUCCUGCCCGGCAACACCAGCAGCCCCAUGGCUCGCUUCACCGGGUUCAAGCUGGACACGCUGCUCGGAAACCUGGAAGCCGGAUAUGGGGUGGACUACACCACAGGGAGGAUGAUGAACUUUGCUACUGUCUUUGCUGUCGUGUUUAAUGGCUGCACCGGCAUUAUGACUGGAUCCAACAUAUCAGGGGACCUGAAGAACCCUAGCUACUCAAUCCCUCGUGGGACCAUCACCGCCGUCAUCUUCACCUUCAUCAUCUACAACCUGUUGAUGGUGAUGGCGGCUUGCACCUGUGACCGUGUGCUUCUCCAGAGGGACUACAACUACCUGAGUGACAUCAACGUGUGGCACCCCUUCGUCACCGUGGGGGUCUACUGCUCCACGCUGUCGGCCGCCAUGAGCAGCCUGAUUGGGGCCUCGCGCAUCCUCUAUGCCCUGGCCAAGGACCACCUGUUCGGUAGGGUGUUGUCUCCGGCUAAGCGGACGUCCUGCGGGGGGAACCCCUGGGUGGCGGUGCUGCUCUCGUGGUUCCUCGUCCAGUUGGUGCUGUUCGCGGGGAAGGUGAACACCAUCGCGGGCAUCUCCACCAUCUUCUUCCUCCUGGUGUACGCGGCCGUGGACCUGGCCUGUCUCGCCCUGGAAUGGGCCUCCGCGCCCAACUUCAGGCCCACCUUCCGUUACUUCACGUGGCACACCUGCUUGCUGGGCAUCAUGGGCUGUGCCAUCAUGAUGUUCCUCAUCAACGCCAUCUACGCCUCGGCCAGCAUCGCCUUCAUGCUGCUGCUCCUGCUGCUCAUCCACUACCUUAGCCCCACCUCCAGCUGGGGCUACAUCAGCCAGGCACUCAUCUUCCACCAGGUGAGGAAGUACCUGCUGAUGCUGGACGUUCGUAAGGACCACGUCAAGUUCUGGCGUCCCCAGGUGCUGCUGAUGGUGUCCAACCCCCGCACCGCAGUGGGCCUGAUAUCCUUCAUCAAUGACAUCAAGAAGAGCGGCCUCUACGUCCUGGGACACGUGCAGCUGGGGGAGCUGAAUACCCUGCCGUCCGACCCCCUGCAGUCCCAGUACGACUCCUGGCUCUCCCUGGUGGACCACCUCAACAUCAAGGCCUUUGUCAACCUGACGCUGGCCACCUCGGUGCGCCACGGGGUGCAGCACCUGCUCUUCAUCUCCGGGCUGGGUGGGAUGCGUCCCAACACCCUGGUCCUUGGUUUCUAUGACAACAACCCCCCGGAGGACAAGCUGCUGGGCCUGGUGCUCUCCUCCUCUGGCCCCCGGGACCCCGAAGACCAGCAGCAGCAGAAGCCCUUCCACUUCCCGUCUCUGCGGGGAGACGCAGCAACUGGAAAGAGCAUGGACCCACAGGAGUACGUGGCGGUGAUCGCGGAUGCCAUCAAGAUGCUGAAGAACGUGGCGCUGGCACGGUACUUUCACGACUUCCAGCGGACGCGCGCCCUGUCGCCCGCGGAGAAAGGCGCGGGGGUGUAUGUGGACGUGUGGCCCGUCAACCUGCUGCGGCCCGACAGCAGCAGCUACGUGGACACCUGCUCCCUCUUCCUGCUGCAGCUCGCCUGCAUCCUCAACAUGGUGCGCGCCUGGCGCCGGGCACGGCUCCGCCUCUUCCUGUGCGUGGAGGAAGGGCGCAGCCUGCGGGGCACCAAGGAGAAGCUGGGCCAGCUGCUGAAGGAGCUGCGCAUCAAGGCCACGGUGUACACGGUGCCCUGGGACAGCCAGGUUGCGCUGCACUGGCAGCGGCAGAGCCGGGCAGAGAAGAGGCCCCUGGACCCCGCCCAGGAGCAACCAGAGCAGGAGGAGGAUAACCAGGAGGAGCCGGAGGUGGAAGAGGAGGAGGAAGAGUACGUCAACAGCUUCCCCAGUAACGGGGCGCGCCUCAGCGACGACUACCUGCUGGCCGUCAACAGGCUGAUCCUGGACCAGCCCUGCCUGUCUCCUGCCGUGCGAUUCCUGUACUUGCCCCGCCCCCCGGCCGACACGCGCCGCUACACCACCUACCUGCGCCAGCUGGACCUGCUCACCCUCAACCUGGGGCCCACGCUGCUCAUCCACGGGGUCACGCCCGUCCUCACCACCGACCUCUGAUCUCGCCGCCGCCUUCUGUACUGGCAACCAGAGAAGAGGCCCCGGCUCAUUUAAGUUACUGAAAAUAGCCGAUGUGCAUCGAAGGGGGGUGAGGUCUUAAUAUCCGGAGGUCAAAAGUACGCCAGUACUUCUCUAAUUCCAUCUCAAACCCAACCCUUAAGAUAAGGCUAAAUUCAGUUAAUAAAUCCAAUGUUAUUUUUUUUGGCUCCAAUUUUUUAGUGGGAAAUUUUAAUUUGUUCUUGUGACCAAAAACCGUCAAAUGAACUUUCAAUGUAUGUGAGGCAGCACUGCACUAAAUUAUCAGUAGAUAAAGGUUUUCAGUUGAAACAUUAUUUUUUUUUACUGGAGGUAUUUUUUACACUUUCCCUGUAAUUCAUUUUAGGGCCAUUGCUUGGCAAAUUACACGUUUGAAAUGCUUAGAGAAAACACUGUUUCACAACAUGUAAUACCCACUGAAUUAGGAUGGUGAAUAUCAAGGUUGUUUCAAUCCCUAUUCAGAGCUAUUUGAUACAUUUUGUAAAAUUUCAGGAUAAGUAAAACUUAUCCUGAGUACUCUCCAGGCAUAACGCUAAAAAAACACUUUUAGAAUUAUCAUUUUUACUAUAUCUUCGACCAGAAGUGGAAGAUUCCAGUCAGGACUUUUCUCCCUUCUGAACCUGAGGUCCUGCUCUGCCUGAGGAUUUCAUACCUGGCUGAUUUGCACAGCGGUUUGAACUUGAGCCAAAUGCAGCCUCGACUAUGAGGUUUAAACCUCUCUCUCCUCCUGACAGACACUUGAAAUUAAAUGACUUGGCCCAGCAUACAUCCCAUCAUAUUCUAUACAUUUCUUUGUACGAUCUAAAAAAAUAAGGUAUCUUUGUUCUUUCUUUGUACUUCCAGUCCUCUCGUUAUUAUUAGCUUAUGUUCUAUUGUGGUACAAUUAGCCAGAAUAUUAGUUGAAAACCAAGUGCAGAACAUUACAAAAUGGUAAUAUUAUAUUUAAUUUGCCACAGCAAUUCCCCAAAAUAUAUUUUUUACAUAUAUAUAUAUAUAUCUGAGUGAACAAAGACAACCAUAACGGACGUGCAUGACAAUGCCGUGAGUGAGUAGAUCGAAGGAGAAUAGUUGUAAUUAUGUUCAUAAUAAUGAUAAUCCUUCUUGAAGUCAUUCUUUAUUUCUGAGACUCAUGGCUUCACUGUAACUUUCUGACUUAGAACCCCUUGCCUUUAUUGGGACGGCGCUGUUUGUAUAACUAACUACUAAACUUUGACUGUGGACCUUGACCGGUCGACCAAUCUGCCAAAGUGCCAGUUGGAAAAUGAUGUGGCAUCCUAAAUCUAACAAGGCCUGAAAUCAAUACACUCUGCCAAGGAUAUAUGAAAUAUCAAUGAAUUAAUGUCAUCAUGUUGGGCUCCUCAAAAGAUAUGACCCUCAUUUGGUAUACUUUGUAGCUGGUUGUAGCAUUUGAUUAUAUAUCUAAUCCAAGGUCUGUAAUACAUUCCGCUGUUAUUUAAAAUGAAUGCUUAUUAUGUAUUAGAUGUAUUAUUAAUUUAAUUUGAUUCGCCAAAACAACUAAUGUAAAGUUACAUUCACCUGCGAGGCCUCAAUCCUGGAUUAGAUAGAUAUUUAACCAAUUGUUAACAUGACAUAGGCAUGUUCAGAGAGUAGAUAUAUCAGAUCUAUAACUACAUCAAAAAGUUUUCAAAAUCUCAUUAAAACCAACGUAUUGGAUAUUCAUACUAUUCAGAAUGGUCUCAAAGGGUUGGUACUUAACUAUUGUUGUUUUGGUGACACUAUAAAACAACUAUGUCUUCAAAUAAAAACCAUCUUUUCUUUCAGAAAAUGUCAAGAUUUAGAAUGACAACAUGCACUCCUAUAGAAAUAUACGUAAACCUCUAUAAUUAUAUAUAUUAAAGUAUGUUUCCUCAUUAGGAACCCCUGUGUUUGUACCAAUUUAUUUAUAUAUUUAUUUAUGUGUUCAGUCAAUUUCCCAUGAGCUGAUUUAUGCUAGAGAUGUGAAACUUGGCAGCCACAAUGAAGUUGGACACGGCUACUCAGAAAUUACAUAUUCUGCUGCCAUGACAACACAGCAAAGCAUACAUCUUCCACCCAUUCCGCUCGCUGUUUUAGAACUACCAAACUUGUUACAGAGGGAAACCCACCAUGCUGAACAUGAUACUAUCUUUGAUUGCCAAGUCUUUGAAGUAUAACAAUUCCUAGACAAUUUGACUAACAACACCAGACUUAUGAGGAAGAACAUACUACGAAGAACAGUCUAAACAAAGAAAACUGUUGACAGAUAGAGCCAAUAAACAAUAUGACCAUCAUUGACCAUCAUUGAUUGUAGGGUCGGCCUAACUCAGGAGGUAGAGUUGUCUUGUAACCGAAAGGUAUCUAGUUCGAUCCCCAGCUCCUCCUAGCUGAGAGUUGAUGUGUCCCUGAGCAAGACACUUAACCCUACCUGCUCCUGAUGAGUUGAGGGGUAUUCCACAAAGCCGGUUUUAUCACAUAACCGGGUAAGUUAACCCAGGGUUUGCAGUAACUCUAGGUUUUCCGUUCCAAAAUGAACACGGUAUGUUAGUUACUAUAGAAAAAUAUGCUCUGAAUCAAACCUGGUCGGAGCAGGUUUUGCGCAGGUUAAGGUUGGAACAUAAAUCGGUUUUGGGUAUUUAAACCCGCGUUCACCGCAGAUUUCAGGUGUUCACAAUGGCAUGCCCUUUUGAUGAGAAGCCUGUUGAUAUCGGAGCGCAAAUUAUUUGUGCAAUCCGCCUAAAAUACAAGAAAAACAGAAAAACCUAAAUUCAACCAGUGGGGUACCCUCACAUGGCCCCUGACUCUCUGAGGAGGUACCCCGAGGUACCCCCUCCAUGCCAGGGCGCCCUGGAUUUAUUGCUAUUGCCAGCUCCUCCACCGUUGUCAAGACAAUUUGAGGGCCAGAUCCAGUCUGCCGAUUGUCGGCCUUUAUACGAUUGGCUUAAAAAAAAGGGCUUAUUUAAAUUCAGGAGUGAUAAAUAUGGUAUGACAAUUUAAAUGCUGGACUGACAAAAUAUAGCCUAUGUAGGCCAAUACGAUGGUGGGAAAAGCAUACCAGUUUGUAUGAGGUUUUUAUACUUCAUUUUUAUUUGAUUCGCUGACCGCUUGGGAGCCAUCAGAGUAGGCCUACAUAUUUUUUAGAAGAAAAGGGUUAUGUGGUAGGAACGCUAAGAAUGCUUAACUGGGAUAUUAAUAGAUUCAUGGCUCAAAUAUUAAUCAUCAUGCUUUUGACAUGUAACUUACGCAUUUACGCGGUCAGCGAUCCACUGCCAGGCUUUGGUUCUCUGGGUUGCAGAAGCUUUAGCGUUCCCUUUUCUUGUGAUAAUGUCCUUCUCCUCGUCAUAGCUCUCCAGGAGUACCUGGAGUUCCAUGUCAUUGAAAUAAGCGGCCCGUUUUGCCAUUUCGAUCAGGGUUUCCAUUAUCCAUACAUCACGUCUUUAUAAGUUUACAUGGACACGCACAACCCUGUGUUAACCAACCCCAUGUUGAUUGAACUAAUUCAUAACCCGUGCGGUGGAACCGACAGCUCUGGUUUAGUUGGCACAGGGUCAUCAACCUAGAGUUCAACUCUGUUUUUUUUAAACCUCCGAUCGUGGAAUACCCCUCUGGCUGUCGCCUUGCAUGGUUGACUCUGCUGUCGGUGUGUCAAUCCACCCUAUUUUAACGGUCUGAAACGCAAUUGAG